CCUGUGCAACUUGAACCCUAGCGGUUAACCUCAAGGCUUCGUGUGACUCGGUGUGACUCUGACGAACUUUGUGGAUUCAACAUCUCUUCCUUUUCUUUCAUCAAUUUAAUACGAUCUAAUUAUGUGCUAUAAAAGACUAAUUAUACGCCAAGUAUAUCACCAACUAUUUGCUACUUGUUACUCGAGAUUCAUAGUAAGGGAUUACAUGUGAAAGCUACGAACAAGAGCUUCUACAGAAAGCCCGCCAAGAUAAUAAGCACAUAUUCAUGCCAUGCCUUCCAUCUUCAAUCAACCAGUCAAUGGGCUGGGCUGAGAGACCUAGUCGUCGGAGUCAUGCAGGCAGGUAGGUACCCAGGCGUAUUCCUCGUCUCUAAAGGGGCAAGGUUGCAUUCAAGGCAAUUUGUGCUUAUGUCUGCCUCCUCCCCUAGGGUAUAUACCUAGGUUAGAUAUAUAAGGCAGCAAUGUUUUUUCUCAUUUUGCUCUACUAGCAAUUCCAUGGAAUGGAUAACUUGGAGAUCGGAAAAUCACGAUGCGUUAUCAUUUGAAUCAGUCAUCGAAUAGGAAAACCAGCGAUGUCGCCGUUCCUCUCGUCGAUAUCGCUCCAAGGGAUUCUAGUUACGGCUAUUCUAUUCGAGAUGCAAGUUCGGACCGGCGCACCAAUUGGUCGUUACGUUUUGGAAUUCUUGGUCUCAUAACAUUGCUUCUAGGCUCCGUAGCCAUUCUUUCUAUACUGAUUUUCCUAGCAAUAAUCUGGCAGCAAUCUUUACUGGCAAUUGAGGGUCAAGAUGUUGCACCUUUUUGGCAUCAUAUUGCGACGAAUGGUUGGGCAACAAAAAUCGUCACUAUCAGUACAGCGGUUAUACGAACCGUGAUGGGAACUCAGGCUGGCAUCUUCACAUCAAUGAUAAGCGCACUGAUUCUGGAGAAGAUUGGCGUCUCCAUACUCGAUGUGCCCUUUCUUUCAAUGUCGAGGGCUUUCCAAACUCAACCACACAACCUGUUAAGUCACAUCACAUUCCGACGCCGAAAUUUCAAGUCUACAAUGGUGUAUUCACUUGCCAUUAUUGAAGUCAUGAUUACCAUAUCUUCACAAUUCUUGUCAACGCUUCUGAUAUCAGACUUUGGUAAUACGGCGGUCAGCAAUUUACCGAACUCGACAACGGUACGUUCCACUUAUAGGACCGAUGUUUUAUUUAGGGAAUCAUACAUAGCUGAACCUCCAGCAGCGCACUGGAGGUUUGCCGAGUACUCGGAACCAUUUACAGGGGGAGACGAUUUCCACGAUACAGGCCAUACUUAUCGUGCCUUUUUGCCUUAUGAAGACGAAGUGCAAAGAACCAGUCUACGCGGAUACCGUGGCCCGGCUGAUAUCUUUGACUUCCGUGUAGUCUGUGUCCGUCCUUCCCUAAACAAUCUCGUUUUCAGCCAAACCGAGGGUAUCUACGUAUUCUCAGGGACGAUGACCGUCAACGGCUCAUACCCCAUGCUGAAUGCUCAGCCUACCAUUGGUUUUGUCUGUCCAAUCUCUCGCCCCCUCUUCGUUUUGAAUGGCACAACUAUAAGACUCACGACUAUGUGCAACCUUAACCGUGAUAGAAUCCCCAUUCUCAAUGACCCUCUGAAUGACCCCUGGACUACAAUCUUCAUUGCUCUCGACUUUAUUAGAGAGGAUAUGACCACGUUCCUGGUUCCCGGUGCAAAUCAAACUGCUAUUAAAGUAGUGCGUACAGAUGGCCCGUGGGCAAUUGGUGUGGAUGAGCAGGGUGAAGACCUCGUACGAGCCACUGCAUGUUAUAUGAACCAAGGUUGGAAAGUGCAGUCUGUGCAAAUGCACAGUUCGCGGGAUAUGCUAGAACCGAGAAUGCCUUGGAAACGCGAGUUGAGAGCCUAUGACACGGCAAAUUCGCGACACCAGCUUGGGGCCAGCUUGGAGCCAGCAUCAACCCGAGAUCGAGGCGUACUGGAUCUCAACCACCCAGCAGACUGGCAAGAGAUCGACGAGAUAGAGUGGAUUGUAUCCUCACCAUAUAAUGAAAAAUACCAUGCCGACUACUUCAAUAAUAUGAUGGGCGGUUUGACGACAUUGGUAAAUUCUACCGUUACGAAUUUGGGGUUUACACUCUCAAACGCCACAGCUGGUUCCAAUACAGUGCAUCUCUCGCACGUCGCUUUAUACCAAGACACGCUACACGUAACGGAAAGUCCUUCAUUAGCUAUGCAAGCAUUUUUCACGCGAUUAUCCCAGAUGGCCUACUACGAUCUUCUACGGAUGUCAGCCUUGUCAGGCGAGGCAUCUACUAUAUUUUCUUCAACCGUGCUCAUUCCUAUAAGGUGGAACGGCUUCAUUGGUGCCACGAUCAUAAUCGCAGUGCAUCUUUGCGUAAUAGCGACUGCCGCGGUAUCUUUCUUGCUGUAUACGGACAAAUCAGAUUUAGGAAAUAUUUGGCAGGCAUUAUCGCAGAUAGUAACACAUGAUGCACUGCUGAUAUUGAAGCGACUAGGCCGUCUACGAGAUAACGAGGUGGAGAAAAUUGGACAAGCUCAAUUCCCAGAACUCGCAGGGGAUGUUAUAUUAAGACGUGAAGAAGAUGGCGAGAUAACUUUGAGAGCCAAAUAUUAAGUAUAUACUACAAAGUAGUUAUACUACAAAGCAGUAGAGCAUGUAUUAUGUAAUAGGGGCGACCCCUGAUGCAGUCCAUUAACUAAUUGUGUGGCGUUGUGGCUUGCGCUUUGAAGCUUAAGGUCCCCACUCUUAAAUUUUUAAAUCUGCAAACUUGAAGUCCUGCUAUGUACAUAUCAGUAGUUACAU